UCACGUUGCGUCGUGGAUUAUUUGUGUUUUUCUAGUUUUUAGGUGUUUCAGUUAACUGCAAAUUAUUCGUUGUUAUAUAAUAUAGUUGAUUUCUAUUAUUUCACCGUACAAACCUGUUAAAAAACGGUUUAAUGGCGUACCAGGUGACCCAGCUACCAAGUCCCCUAGCGAAGUUGGGUGAGGGACCAGUUUGGGAUAUCGAUACCCAGAGCCUCUACUAUGUGGAUAUUUUAACACCCACCAUUCUGCGUUACGAUUACAAGGAAAAGCGCACGUACAGCGCCAAACUGGAUGGCGCUGUAACUAUUUCGUUCAUUGUGCUCGUCGCUGGAAAGCCGGAGCACUUUGUCAUCGGCGAAAGCAAUCGGGUGUUGUUGAUCCACUGGGACGGUCGAUCGGAACAAGCCAGUCACGUUAGGACGCUUGCUGAUCUGGGCGAGUCCCACCGCAAUGUUCGUUUCAACGAUGGAAAGGUCGAUCCGUCCGGUCGUCUGUAUACCGGCACGAUGCUGCGCGGAGCAUUUGGCGAUGCAUUUACCCAGAGUGAAGGACAAUUCUACCGCUAUGACAAUGGCACAAUGGUGCCACUGAAGGCUAACAUUGGCAUUUCGAACGGUAUCACUUGGGACGAACCGACCAAUCCGUUGCGGAUGUACUACAUUGACUCACCAACGCUGGAGGUGAAGUCGUUCGAUGUUGACGGGGAAGGUGAUUUGAAGAACGAGACCGUGUUCGUCGACUUUCGACUCAACGGUACUGCUCCAGGUUACGUUCCCGAUGGUAUGACUUCUGACGUCGACGGUAACCUUUACGUAGCCACCUGGGGUGGCUGGCAGGUUCUGAAGGUGGAUAAAAUCACCCAAAAGGUUUCGCAAGAAUUCAAACUGCCAGUCGAAAGGAUCACUUCCGUAGCUUUCGGUGGCCCUUUACUGGACGAGUUGUUUGUCACGUCUGCAUUUUAUGUAGAUAAACCAGCUCCUGCUGGAGCUUUGUUCAAUAUUACUGGGCUACAGGUAAAGGGGAAGCCAAUGCAUAAGAUGAUUCUGUAAAUUUUUCACUUAGAAUCAUUUCAGUACGCUAGCAUGACAUAUGUAUGAA